AUGGAUUUGGGAAAGGACCAAUCCCACUUGAAACUCCAUCAGACACCUAAUCUUCAUCAAGAAGAGAACCAUGUUCCAGAAGUCAUUGGAACUUGGAAUUUGCGAAACAGAGAGCAACUCAGAAAAAGAAAAGCUGAAGCACAAGAGAAGCAAAAUUUGCAAUGGCAUUUUGGGUAUAAGAAAAAAUACAAGCGGCGAAGGACAGGAAAAGGAAAUAAAAGAGGCAGAAAGAGACAACAAAAUACAGAACCGAAGGAGGAACCUCAGUCACAAUUUAAAAAGGACAUGAUGGAGAAAGCACUGGCACCUAUGGAGAAAGAAACUGAACCGCCUAGGAGUAUAACUGAAGUGCUGUCUCUGGUAGCCUCUCCCAAAAAAGUUGUGCUUGAGAGACAAUUUUCUGCAGUGGAUCAAGAAUGCAUUAUACAUCAGGAAAAUUCUUCUGAGUUACAAGAAACAGUGGUACAAAACCAUCCUUCUGAAACAUGCCAAGAUGUGGCUGAACCUGAAGCCCUCUCUCCUAAAAUAUGCCAAGAAAUGGCUGUACUUCAAGGCCAUCCUUCUAAAAUGUGUCCAGAUAUGGCUGAACCUGAAGCCCUCUCUCUCACAAUGUGCCAAGAAACAGCUGUAUUUCAAAACCAUCCUUCCAGAUUGUGCCCUGAUACGGCUGAACCUGAAGCCCUCUUUCCUAAAAUGUGCCAAGAAACAGCUGUAGUCAAAGUCCUUCCUUCUAAAACACCUGAAGACAUAGCUGACCUGGAAGGAUGCUCUCUUGAAGCAUUCCCCAAACCAGGUAUGCCUAAAGGGUAUGCUCUUGAAACAUACCAAAAAAGAGCUGAACCUGAGGAAUACAAUUCUGAACCAGAUCAAGGAAUGGCUGAGGUUGAAAGCUUCUUUCCUAAAACAGAAGAAAUAGUUGUGCCUAAAGACCUUUCUACAAAAACACACCAAGAAACAGUUGAACCUGAAUACUUCUCUUAUGAAACAUACAAAGAAAUUGCUGUGCCUAAAGCAUCCUCUCAUAACACAGUCCAAGAAAUGACUGCUCCUGAGGAAUAUCCACCUGAAAUAUACCAAGAAACACCUGGGCCUGAGGAUUGUUCACCUGAAAUAUACCAAGAAACACCUGGGCCUGAAGAUCUUUCUACUAAGGCAUAUAAAAAUAAGGAUCUGCCUGAAGAAUGCUUUCCAGAACCAUACCAAGAAACAGGUGGGCCCCAAGCACACCAGGAGGAUGCUAAGGAUGUUUAUACUUUUCCUCGAGAAGUGAGAGAAAAACCCAAAGCAGAAGAACCAGAGACACCAGCAAUUCCAAACGUUCCUCAAGAAAUUCAUCCAGAAAAUGAUGUCUUUAGUUAUGUUUUGUUUUAA